AUGGUGGUGGCGGCCGUGUUCUGGGGCGCCGGGGGCGCAGCCCUCCCGGCGCCCUACCCCGCAGGAGCCGGGCCGGUGCCCGCGCUCGGCCUCGGCUGCGCGCCCGGACUGCUCUCCUCGGGACGCCGCGCGGGCUGGGCGCGCUCCCAGGCGCAUUCCUGGCCGGGGAGCCCCUCCUCCCGCCCCGGCCCCCGACUGGCGCCUCUCCCCGCGCCGCCCGCUCCGUCUCGUGCGCGCGUGGCCCCGACCUGCGCCCCCUUCCCGGCUUCUGCCGCGCUCCCGGGGCCGCGUGCGCUCUGCGCCGUCCAGGCAGGACCCGCCGCACCGGGAAGGCGAAGGGACCGAGCGGUCGUCUUUUUCCGUGCCCAGGGCACAAUGGGGCCCAAUUGUCCCCGCGCACUCGUGCUCCUUCUGCUCCUUCUCGCCAGCACCCCGUCGUUGGCUUCCCAGAACUGUCUCAGCAAACAGCAGCUCCUCAUGGCCAUCCGCCAGCUGCAGCAGCUUCUGAAGGGCCAGGAGUCUCGCUUCACCGAGAGCAUCCGAAGUAUGAAGAGCCGAUUGACCACAUUACACAACUUUGUGAAUAGAGCGGGCCCAGACAGCUCCCAAGUUUCCUGCCCGGCUCUGCACACGCCUCCUGAUGGCAGAAAGUUUGGGAGCAAGUACUUAGUGGAUCACGAAGUCCACUUCACCUGCAACCCCGGCUUCCGAUUGCUUGGGCCCAGCAGUGUGCUGUGCCUCCCCAAUGGCACUUGGACAGGGGAGCAGCCCAUAUGCAAAGAUAUCAGCGAAUGCUCCAGUCAGCCUUGCCAAAAUGGCGGGACUUGUGUGGAAGGAAUCAGCCAGUACAGAUGCCUUUGUCCUCAGGGAAGAACGGGGAAUCGCUGUCAACAUCAGACCCAGACUGCCGCUCCCGAAGACAGCGACCCGGCCUUCAGUCGCGCCCCGCGGUGCGCGCAGGUGGAGCGGGCGCAGCACUGCAGCUGUGAGGCCGGAUUCCACCUGAGCGGCGCCUUGGCCGGCCACGACGGCAUCUGCCAGGAUGUGGACGAGUGCGAGCUCUACAGACAGGAAGGGCAUGCCAGGCUCUGCAUGCAUGCCUGUGUGAACACCCCUGGCUCCUACCGAUGCAGCUGCCCUCUUGGGUAUCAGAUCCUGGGGGACAGGAAGAGCUGUGAAGAUAUUGAUGAGUGUGUGAGUUCACAGCAGGUCUGCCCACGGGGAACUACAUGCAUCAACACUGGUGGAGGCUUCCACUGCGUCAGCCCUGAGUGUCCAAAGGGUAGCAGCAAUGUCAGCUAUGUGAAGACAUCUCCCUUCCAGUGUGAGCGAAACCCCUGCCCUAUGGACAGCAGACCGUGCCACCACCUGCCCAAGACCAUCUCCUUCCACUACCUAUCCCUGCCCUCCAACCUGCAAACGCCCAUCACACUCUUCCGUAUGGCUACGGCCUCUGCUCCAGGAAGGCCUGGACCCAGUAGCCUGAGGUUUGGGAUUGUGGGUGGAAACAGCCGCGGCCACUUUGUGAUGCAGCGUUCAGAUCGACAGACGGGUGAGCUGAUCCUCAUCCAGCCUCUAGAAGGUCCACAGACGCUGGAAGUGGAUGUGGACAUGUCUGAAUACCUGGACCGAACCUUCCAGGCCAACCAUGUUUCCAAGGUUACCAUCUUCGUUUCUCCAUAUGACUUCUAAAGAUGCAAGGAUGGGAGACCUGAGCUCACUUCCCUUCUGCAGAGACCCAGUCCUGACCCUUUUCCCUGGCCCUGCCCAUCCAGCUCCACAGGAUGUGCUGCAGAGGGCAGAGGGGCAGCUACUGAACCCAUACUGCUGCCACCAUGAUUCUUCCUGCUUGCAGACCCUUCCCUUAGGUUGCAUGCGCGUUUCCUGAAAGAUUUUGUUGACCAAGGAACAGGCAGCUUCCCAAAUGCCAUGUG